AUCUUUAUUUAUAUACUUUAUACUUUGAUUAUUGAUACAGACAUACGGAUACAUAAACUUAAUAAUCAAAUUCAACUUUUAUUUUUCUUUUCUUUUCAAUCCUUAUAAAGGAACAAUCAUCUCGCUCUUACAGACUAUACACUCUUUCUCUUUUCUUUUUUAGAAUGUUGGCUGAAAAAAGACCUAUGAAAUCUAUAAUUCUAACUAAAAAAUAUUCAACAACUGAGAAUCAAUUUGGAAUGACUAGCAAUGAUCAAUUUGAAUCAAAUAAAAGUGAGAAAAAGCGCUCAUCUUGGUGUAAAUCUGAAAUAAAGAAUCAAGCUUCUAGUAAACAAGAUCAAAUAAACGAUGAAAGAAUUGAUUUAAUUCGAAAGGAUUUGAUUCAACGCGCCACAAAUCGUUUCAGACGUCGUCAACUUGAACAAAAUCUUGAAAAUUUAAUGAAUCAAGUUGUUCAAUUACAAACUCAUUUACAAGUAUUACAUUUGGAUGCAACAGCAACUAGAAAUACGAUUGCUAAUUUAAGUAUUGAUGAUAACACUAGCAUCGAUGAGGACUUUCUUCUGUCUACAGAGCCAGAUCAUUAUCUACAAUCUUAUGAAAACAAUUGUCGUAUUGGUAGAUGUAUGGAUAGACUAGAAAAAAGACUAGAAGAUCAUCGAUUAUCUCUUGUUCAUAUUCAAUUCGAUAAUUUUAGUAAAGAUGAGAAUGAUCAUAUGAAAGAAGAAAUUGAAAAUUUGGAUAAAUCUAAUACUAUCAUCGUACAGAAUAAUGUAGAUCAAGAGUUGAAUAAAUAUAGCACUAUAGGAAUGAAUAAUAGUGCUACAGAACAAGACCUCAAAUCAUCAUUCCCCUCACCCUUUUUCUCUCCUACCCUAUCUCCUUUUUCAGUUCUAUCUUUACCUUCGCUUUCCCUUGUAUCAUCUAUUAUCGGAAGGGCGUCAAGAGCUUCGAGUGUAUGUGAAAGUGUUUCGACUGAUAUGACACGUAGUGAUUCUGUCGAUAGAAAUCAAGUCCAGCUUGAAGCUAAAAAGAAUAAUUUGUCUUUUGACGAGCCACUUUAUGUAGAUGACCCUUUCUAUGAUCUAGCUGGCAAUCGAAGCUUUAAAGCUGGUAGUUUCUGUGGCAGUAUCUAUCAUACUGAUACUGAAAAGCAGACACCAGACCUUUUAUAUUCAAUAUCUAACACCAGUAAUGAAACCUCUGAAGUUCGUUGGAGACAUCGUAAUCAAAAUCGUUAUCAAAAACAUUUAGAGCUUAAAAUACAGCGACAAUUAUACGAAGAACAACUAAAAGCAGUAUCAACCAAUACUUUUGAAGCUAAUUGUCAUCCUUAUGACAAUAGAUCUAUUAUUGACGAUGAUGAUGAUAUGUCAUCUAUUCCUUCUAUCCCAAGUCUUUCUAACCCAGACAUGCAUCGUCCAUCAGAUGCAACUACAUCAAUAACGAGUCUAAACAUCAAUACAAAAUAUACUAGCAAAGAGGAUGACUUUUAUGAUCAUGUUAGACGCCAUCCCUUAUCGCCUGUCACGCCCCCUCCUCAUAUGAAUACUAGUUUUUUCUUUGAGAAUCAUCUAAAACAACGACGACAAGAGUAUCCUACACCAUUGAACAUAUCUCAUAAGACUUUAAGAAAUGAUGAAAAUGAAAUGAAUUUGACUUUUAGACCAAAGAUUCUCACAAAUGAUCAUUACGAACCAAAAGAAAUAAUACCUCAACAACAACAACAGCAGCAAAAACAACCUUUUUUCCAUAAUAAAUCACCAAGUUCAUCUUUUCAUGAAUAUCGAUAUUUACAUACAAAUUUGUAUCCUCAGCAAAAUACCCUUGAUGAACUAGUCACUUACUUGGACGGCUUAGGGUCACAUUAUAGUGAUAGUAUUAUAAGCGAUGGUUUUCACUUGCUUAAUAAUUUACAGGAUUGUAAUCAACCCUUCUCUCAGGCUCUUAUGACUGAGCUUCGUGAGAGAGACCACAACCGGGCUCAUACAUCAUUUAAAGGAUUUAAUCCUUUGACUAUUCUUAACCAUCUUUUACCACUUUUAAAUCCUGGAUUCUGGUGUCGAUUCUACUACAAUUUAUUUUAUAACAUGACAUGUACUGGUUUAGAAUGGUGUCAUUUCUUAAGCAUCAUAACUGGUAUAUUCAUUCGCAACCUCUUGAGAGGACCUGGAUCAUUACAAGAAAGAAAAAUUAUGGUUUGCUUUGAAUCUCCAAUGAAAACUUCCCUUUGAGAAUCUUUCCUUAUUAUUAUCUUUCCUUUUUUUUUGGUUUUUGCUUUUACUUCACAAGUUUGUGUUUUAUUAUACUCUCCUUAUUAUUCAAGCUUUUUUUCAUAUAUAGAACUUUUUUUUUUCUCUUUUUUAUUCUACAAAGUAUAUACUGGCCAAUAUAUGUAUAUAUAAUUCAACAAUGACUUCCUCCCCACCCCUUUAUGACACACACAAUAUUUUGUAUGAACCCAACUUUAU